AUGCACAGCCCGUUCGUUCUCGCCGAGAAGACGCUCGGAGCGCCCAACUUUGCCUCGCACGGCCCGACGAGAACCCGCCGGGAAGGAGCUGGCCGAGCCAUCGCCGGCGUCCCUGCCGGCUCAUGGGCGCUCAAAAGGCAGGCCGUCCCGCGCUGGCGGGAAGAGGCGCGCCGAGCCAUCGGCGGCCCGUUUUUAGCAAAAAGCAGAUACCACAUCGCGUGUGGUCGUCGAAAAACCGCAUCUUCGCCCGUCUGGGACCUCUUCGUACGGCUCCAAAAACCGCUCCUUAACGACGACUACGCGGCCCGGCGGUCGAUCUGCGCCUUCUCAGUGGUGGAGGGGAUGUGGGCGGUACGUGCGGACCGCGUGGUGUUGCGACGGUUUGACGAAGUGGCGGUGGUCCUCAAAUACCGCUCAAACGCCCACGAUGUUGUGGAGGGGACAUAUGCUGAUGAUCCCGGCCCGAUUGGGUCGCUCAGAAAGCUUCUGGGCGGUCGCUAA